GAGACGCUUAAAUUGAAAAAGAAAGUAGCUACAAUGACCUCGGGCACGAUUUCAACACACGACAACGCCGUUUUAAAUAGAAUAUUUAAUCCAAACCUCCCAUAUGGCGAUGUAGUUGAAGAAACUGCCGAUGAAGUUGCCCCAUGUUCAGAGGAAGUAGAGACUGAUGAAGUAAAAGAAGCGAAGCAGUAUGAGGCAGAUGGUGUUACUGCUGCAGAGGCUGGGGAUCUGGAGCUGGCCCUGAGCAAGUUUGGGCUCGCCAUACAGGUGUGUCCCACCCGAGGGUCAGGAUAUAAUAACAGGGCCCAGGCACUCAGACUUAAAGGAGAUGUACAAGGUGCCCUCCAGGACUUGCACACGGCUAUAGAGCUCAGUGAAGGACAGGGGUCUGCUGCUUGCCAGGCCUUUACGCAGCGAGGACUCAUAUUCAAACUAGAAGGGGAGGAGGAAAAGGCGUUAGAAGAUUUCAAGAGAGCCGGAGCACUAGGAGGACAGUUUGCUAAACAACAAGUGGUAGCCAUGAACCCAUACGCUGCUCUCUGUAAUCAGAUGUUGUCGGAGGUCAUGCGCAAAGUCAAAACGGGAGAAACGUGAAAGGAUCAGAUUAACUUGUGGCUGGUGUGUUUUGCAUAAAUAUGCAUUGUGAAUGACAGUUGUUAAAAACAAGGCAACUGAGAUAUUUUAAAUGUUAGUACAUGCAUAUAACAUGAUUUCUAUAUUGUUGGUAUGUGGAUACAGAUACAGAAUUUACAAAAAGAAUAAUCAACAUUCAGAAGAAUUUGGAAAAUUAUUUUUCUAUGCAUGUUUCCCUUUGAGUAAGUUACUGUAUUCAUAACAAAUUUGUUUGCUUUUAUGCCUUAUGUUUUUAGCUCGCCUGGUCCAAAGGACCAUAGUGAGCUUAUGCCUUGCCUAUGUCGUCGUCCGUCCGUCGUCAACUUUUUCUUUUAAAC